AUGGCCUUAUCCAGCGUUGGUGGUGCACUGGUGUCGGCGAUUCACGCGCAUCCAUUAUUGACCAUCUUGCUGCUGCCGCUGACCGCGCUCGUCCUGUGCGUGCUGUACCGGAUCUCUCCUCUGCAUCCGCUAUCCCAUGUGCCCGGUCCCUUGUUGCCUCGGAUCUCGUCGCUAUGGCUGACGUACCACGCGUGGAUCGGCGACGAAGCGAGCAUCGUCGAGUCCCUGCACCAGAGAUACGGCGCGAUCGUGCGCAAUGGACCCAACAGCGUCGACAUCUCUGACGGGGCCGCGCUGGCCGCGAUAUACACGGAAAGGGGCGGUUUCGUCAAGCCCGCGUUUUACCAAAACUUUGCCCUGCCGGACUCGACGCAGAUGCACAACUCGAUCUUCUCCGAAGUCGACCCUGCGGUGCGCGCCCCCCGCGCAAAGGCCGUCGCCGUCCUGUUCUCGACAUCGAGCCUGAGGCAGAGCCAGGACGUCAUCUACAAGUGCGUGGAUCGGUUUGUGGCGCGCUUGGCCGAGGGCAAGGAACAGAGCGAGCAUGGAGGCAGCGGCGCGCUGAAUGUGCUGAACUUGACGCGAGGUCUCGCUGUCGACGCCGUGUCGUCGUAUCUCCUCGGCACCACCUACGGGGCACUUGACGAGAAAUCUCACGGGCAGCAGCACGAGAAACGCCGCGAGCUGGCCGAGCCCAUCAGCGCCGCUGGCAUGGUCGAUUGCUUUGUCGCGGUCGGCCGGUUCUGGUACCUGCCUUCCUGGGCGUUCAAGAUCGUGGAGGGGUUAGACGCCUGGUGGAACGCCGACGAGGAGGUGUCGCAGAGUCUGGCACGGGUGGACGAAUUUGUGGCGAGGGUGGUCCGCGAUGCCGAAACAGCGAUAGCAGCUUCGCAGUCUACUGACAAGCCGACUGCUACCUCAAGCCAUCCGUUGACGUCGUACCCAGCCCGGCUGCUUCAGGCCGGGUUCACACCCUCGGAGACACGCGCGCAGUGCAAGGACCUCAUCUUCGCGGGCACGGACAGCACGGGGAUGAACCUGGCCACAAUCUUGUUUCUCCUCGCGCGCCACCCGGAGUGCUACGAGAAAUUGCGCGCCGAGGUCCUUUCUCACAAACCGGGCUUCGACGACCUCCAGACCCUGCCUUACCUGCGCGGCGUCGUCAAGGAGGGCCUACGCCUCUCCAUGGCCAACCCGUCGCGCCUGCCCCGCGUCGUCCCCCAGGGAGGCUGGACUUUCAGUGACCAACAUUUCCCCGCGGGCACCGAGGUCAGUUGCACGCCCUAUUCGCUGCACCUGAACCCCCGCGUGUUUCCCGACCCUCAGGCCUUCCGUCCCGAGCGCUGGCUCGAGCCCUCCGACGAAAUGGUCCGCGACGCCAUCCCCUUCGGCCUGGGCAGUCGGCAAUGUAUCGCGCGCAACCUGGCGACCGUGGAGUUGUUCUGCGCCGUCGCGCGCGUCGCUGAGGUGGAUAUCCUGCGCGGGGCCAGGACGCUGACUUCCAACAUUGAGAUCCUCGAGUGGUUCAACAGCAAGGUCGUCGGGGAGAGGAUUGACUUGGUCUGGGCGCCAUAG